UCCAGCACCAGCACGAACAGAAAAGUGUUCUCCCCGCAAGGCUGGAUUCCAGAUUCAUUCUUGCAGAGAGAAAGGAAAGCACGGCUUGUGCUUGAUUAAUCAUGGCUCAAAACAUUUUGAGAUUCGAAACCCUCGAAUCCGAAGAGAAUGAGCUCGACCACUCCUCAACCUUGUCUAUGUCGUCUCCUUCAAGGGCUCCCCUGCACUCGAUUCCAGAUCCUUCUCAGCUCCAGAAGGUGAACUAUGGUUCCGAUUCGGAUUUGGUCCACAAAUUUGAAGGUGCAAGACCGCAACACCAUCGGACACUGGGUCCAGAGAAGAGAUCCGAAGUGAGUGCUUUCCACGAUUCGACUCCUAGGAUUGUGGGUCGUAAUGCGAAAGCUCGAUCGGAGCCUAACUCUGCUCAAAGCACACCGGCGAGGAACGGGGCGAGGGUUUCGCUGGGUGGUGGUGCGAGAGUCGUGUAUUUGGGAGGAAGAGGGAUGGGCUCUUCGUCCAGAAUUCCAAGGGCAAUUCCGGUGCUCGAUUCUGUUUCUUCUGCGGAAGUUCCACAUUUUGAGCUCAAUGAAGAUGCGUCGUUUUGGAAAGAACAUAAUGUGCAGGUGUUGAUACGAAUACGACCACUGAGCUCAAUGGAAAAGGCUUCCCAAGGAUCUGGUAAGUGUUUGAAGCAAGAAAGCCCACACACAUUGGUCUGGCUGGGUCAUCCGGAGACUAGAUUCACCUUUGAUCAUGUAGCUUGUGAGACAAUAUCUCAGGAGAAACUGUUUCGUGCUGCUGGACUGCCCAUGGUGGAGAAUUGCUUGUCUGGGUACAAUAGCUGUAUGUUUGCCUAUGGUCAGACUGGUAGUGGCAAGACUUAUACAAUGAUGGGUGAGAUAUCCGUGGUAGAAGGCAGUCUCAACAAUCACUGUGGGAUUACUCCCCGUGUAUUUGAAUAUUUGUUCUCAAGGAUCAAAAAGGAAGAAGAAGGAAGGAGGGAUGAAAGACUGAAGUUUAGUUGCAAAUGUUCCUUUCUUGAAAUAUAUAAUGAGCAUAUAACUGAUCUCUUGGAGCCAUCAUCAACUAAUCUGCAACUCAGAGAAGAUUUGAUGAAAGGAGUAUAUGUCGAAAAUCUUGUAGAACAUAAAGUGAGAAAUGUCAACGACGUUCUCAAGCUCCUACUACAGGGAGCAGCAAACAGAAAGAUAGCAGCAACCCAUAUGAACAGCGAGAGUAGCAGAUCACACAGUGUUUUAACAUGCACCAUUGAAAGCCGUUGGGAGACAGAUUCCUUAACUCAUUUCAGAUUUGCAAGACUAAACUUGGUCGACUUAGCCGGUUCUGAAAGGCAGAAAAGCUCUGGUGCAGAAGGGGAUCGUCUGAAAGAAGCAGCAAACAUAAACAAAUCCUUAUCCACCCUUGGAUUGGUCAUAAUGUCUCUGGUGGAUUUGGCACAUGGGAAACACAGACAUGUUCCCUAUAGAGAUUCUCGACUUACAUUUCUACUACAGGAUUCUCUUGGCGGAAACUCUAAGACAAUGAUAAUAGCAAAUGUCAGCCCAUCUGUUUGUUCCGCAAACGAAACUCUCAGCACUCUGAAGUUUGCACAGCGAGCCAAACUAAUCCAGAAUAAUGCUAAAGUCAAUGAAGAUUCAUCUGGGGAUGUAACAGCACUCCAACAUGAAAUAAGGAAAUUGAAGGGCCAACUAUCCUCUCUGAUGAAGAACCAGAAUUCUUCAAAGGUUGUUUCAGACUGCCUGCCUUCUCGCAAAGAAUCCAGAUAUUCUGGUAUAAACGAAAUUCCAGGGGAAUUACUACAAUAUGGGUGUCAAUGCCAGAUGCAUAGCCCUCUGAUUAAGAAGGUGAAAAGCAUGAAAGAAAUAUUGACUGGAGCUCUGAGGAGGGAGAAGGUGGCUGAAACUGUCCUAGAGAAGUCAAAAGCUGAGAUUGAGUGUACCAAUAGCCUGGUUAAGCAUAUGGAGGAAGAUGCUCAAUUCACUAAAAUGAUGCUUAGUUUACGGGAAGAGAAAGUCAAGCAACUGGAAAUGUUGAUAUCUAGCUCACUGACUUCUGAGGACUAUCUUAUGGAAGAAAAUAAAAUUCUAAAAGGAGAAAUCAAGCUUCUUCAGGAGAGUAUGAGCAGACAAGCCCAGUUGACACAUUGUGCUCUGGACAAUAUUAGACUUCAGGAGCAGCUUCAAAUACAUCAGAAUUUCUAUGAGCUUGGGGAGCGGGAGAAAUUGCUUGCUGAGAUUUCGGAACUACGUGACCAGCUUCUUGACAUUCUCGAAGCUAACAGUGAGUCAUUUUCUGGAUGUGUGAUGAAGGAUGAUAAAGUGGAGAGGGAGUUGGAAAAUUGUAGAAAAAUGAAUUCGAGUAUGAUCAGAAAACUAGAUGUAAUGCACAGAGGACUUGGAAGAUGCUUGAAUUUUGAUCAAACUGCUGACCUUGGGGAAACGAUGUCAAUUAGAAGUGACUGGGGUGAAGAUAUUGUAUGUUCAGCCCAGGAAAAAGAAACUCUGGAGAGAAACAAUUGGAGUGAUAUGAAUAGUGCAGCAAGUAGCGAUCAUAGUAACAUUAGGAAGGAACUGAUGGAGUCUAGAUCAUUAAUUGAAGCUAUGGAAGUGGAGCCGGUUCAGCUGAUAAAUGAAAUGAUGUUUAUGCGGGAGGAUGAUAGAUACAGGGAAACACUGAGAAAAAUCGAAAACAAUGAAAGAGAACCCUUCCCUAAGAUAGAAGCUUAUGACGGUGACUUCAGUGGUUUGGAUCUAAAAAAUGAAGAUGCGGUAAUGGGGAUUGAUGGUGGGAUAGAGAAGUACAUCCUCCAAUUAAAGUUAGAGAAACUGAGCAAGGAUCUUGAAGAGGCCAGAAAACUUAAUUGUCACUAUGAGAAAGACCGUAAGCUGAAGUUAUCUCAACAACAAGAUAUUAAACUUGUCUGUGAGCAUGUUGAGACUGAAACUUCCAGAACAAUUCUUCAUCUGCAGGAAGAAUUGAUUGCUCUUCAGUCUGAAUUUGAGGAAAGGAUUUGUAACCUGACUCAGGAAAACAGAUCACUGAAAGAUACUAUAACAGCUAGAGAAGCAGAGAUAAAGACACUUAAUCAAGACUGGGAAAAGGCAACCAUAGAGCUAACAAGUUUCAUUGUGGAUGGAUCUAAAUCCAUAAAAGAAGCCUCUACACAGAUUGAAAGUAUAAUCUGCUCAUUCCCACAUGUUAACGCUUGGAUAGGUGAUUAUGUUGAGAAGGCUGCAAAAGUUUGUUUUGAAAAGGAAGAAACAGUUUUACUUCUACAGAAAAGUUUGGAGGAUGCACAGAUACUGUUAGCAGAGAUGGACUUGAAGCUGAAAUCUUUAAAGGGAGCGACAAUCGUGCUGAAUGAAGUCCAACUGCAAGACAAUGUUGUAAAUGUGAAACAGAUGCUCCGCCUAAGCACUGAAACAAAAAGGAUGAGCAAUGUGGCUGACAAGCCUGAAAAUGAAUUUGAAUCAAGGCAACAUCAGAUUCUGGAAGCAGAAAGACGUUCUGAGGCUACUCUUGCAGUUAGAAAAUGGCUCUCUACUUCUACCAAGGUUUUUGAAGGAGAAGAUAUUGACAACAACGUUUGCAGGCCACAUCUGGCUUCUUCUAUUAAUGGCAGAUGUAACUUGUCCUGUGAGAAACCUAAUGAUAAUCUCUUGAGGGAUCACGAUACUAGUGCAAUAGAAGUGACCAGCAAUGGAGGCACGGAUCGUGAUUCUGAUAUCCAUUCUCUAUUUACAGAUAUCCAAGUUCAUUUAGGAGCCUCCACAAUGGAUUUCCUCCAGAUGUACUCCAGCUGCAAGCACUUGGUUCAAGAUGUGAUCAGAGAAAUUCAUGAAAUUCGGUUUGAAUUGCUUACACUUAAAAAAAACCAUGGCGACAUGCAAAUUCAGAGACCAUUUCAAUCGGGGGAACCAUAUAAGCCUUGGAUAACAAGCAAUCAAUUCGAAAAGGGUGAAAAAAUAAAAGAUCAAGCUUGUAUAUUCUCGUCGAAGGAGAAAUAUUUAAGUGAAGAAGUACAUGGAAGGGGUGAAGAUUUUUCAACAUCAAGCUCUGACUUUUCAAUUUGUAAUGCGGGUCAGACAGCGAACAUGAUCUAUCCAGGAAUUUUACUUCCAGAAUCUGAGGACCAGGAAACGCAUGAUAAAGCCAUGUCAUUGGCCUCGGUUAACGAAAAUGAUUCAGGACAUGGUGUUUAUUGUGAAGAGGGGCAGCAGGCAGAACUUGUGCCAUUGGCAUUAAUGAAGGAGAGAAAAGAAAUGGAAUACAAACUUAGCAAUAGACCUUCUUCUGAGGUGUAUGCGGGUCUUAUCCAGAGAAUGGAUCCUGCGAGAAGCUUCUUCAAACAAUUUGAGGCAGUCAAUGCCACCAUGAAAGAAGCUGAUCUCACAUUACGUCAACUAGUGGAAGCCAACGGAAAAUCAAAACAGGUUAUUGGAAUGUGGUGUCAAACUAAUGAGGAGCUAAUGGUUGAGAGAACAAGUCUAAUGGAAGACCUGGAACAGCUCAGGUGUUCAGUAUCCUUGUGUGAAAAGGAAAAUCAAUUCUUGCUGGAUCAAACACAUUCCACCUUGGUGGAUAUGAAAAAUUCCAUGUCUUUGCUUGAAGAGAUCUUUCUACAAAUGAAAAGGGGAGUAGAAAAAACAUUAGAGGCUUUAUACUCUAACGUCCUUUUAACUGCAAGAGAGCUGCUUCAUUUGAUUGGCACCUCAAGAAAAUUGCUCGAACAGAUGUUCUCUGAGACGAUGGAGAGUGGGUUUGCUCUGUAUGUCAUACAACAGUGCCAUAUUGGGAAAUUGCUCGAUCAGAUGGAUCAGAGUAAAAGAACUAUUACAACUUUUCCUUGGCAAGAGAAACAACCGUUCAUGGAGAGUAACACCAGCAGAUCCAGUUCUGAAGAUAAUGUCAGUAGACAAGUGGAUGGAGCUAACAUAGCUGAUGGGGUCACUGAGUUGAAAAAUGGAGUUGUUUACCAGUCACGUAACAACCUAAUAUAUGAGAACUUGUUUCUAAAAAAGGAGCUAGAGAGGAAGGAAGCUUUGUUUGAGGGUUUGCUUUUUGAUUUUAGGCUGUUGCAAGAAUCAGCAUCAAAUAAAAGAGAUAUCAAAGAUGAAACUGAUGAACUGAUUGAUGCAUUAUGCCAGAUUCGUCAAGAGCUGGGCCGGAAAACAAUUCAAGUACAUGACCUUGUAUUCCAAAAAGAGAAACUUGAAAAUUGCUCAAGUGACUUGCAGAAGGCUUUGUUCUCGUCGAAAUCAGAUCUGGAGAAGGCUGAAGAGAGGAUACAUGCUCUUACAGAGAAGAAUGGCGAGUUAAGAGUCCUUCUGAAAGAUCUCUGCUUGAAGAAAACAGCAGCUGAAGAAGCAUUGGAAGAACAAAAAGAGCUUGUCAAAGGGUUGGAAAGUGAAAUCAUAUACUUGACUAAUACAGCAGAAGCUCAGGUUCUUUCUUCUGUCAGGGCCAUUGAAGAAGACUUAAAAGAGGUUUCUGGUGAUAAAGAGCAACUCCUUGAUGAAAUACGUUCUCUGAAUGAUAAGCUUGAUAUGGCUUAUGCAAUUGCUGACGAAAAAGAAGCUAUUGCUAUAGAGGCUCGUCAGGAAUCUGAGGCAAGUAAAAUGUAUGCCGAGCAGAAGGAAGAGGAGGUCAAAAUUUUAGAGAUUUCGGUGGAAGAGCUUGAGAAUACUGUAAAUGUUUUGGAAAAGAGGGUGUAUGAUAUGGAUGCGGAAGUAGAAAGACAUCGCAUGAUUCGAGAUUCAUCAGAAACAGAGCUCCAAACUCUCAGACAAAGAUUGCUAAGAGUCGAAAAUUUCAACCUAGACAUCGACGAAUGUGAGGAUAAGACAUCCAGGUCAAAAGAGCUCCAAGAGGCGCAUUAUCAGAUCCAACUCCUUGAGAAGGAAGUAGCAGAAAUGAACAAAGAGAUUAAACAACUCAGAGAGUACAUUUCGGAAGUUGUGCUGCAUUCUGAGGCCCAAGCUUGUGGUUACCAAGAAAAGUACAAGGGUCUCGAGGCCAUGGUUCGUGAUUUAAAAAUAGAUGCAUCAAACACGUCAACUGCAGCAACAUCACAUAAAACUGAGAAAAGCUCAUCAAGGACCAGAGGUUCAGGCUCACCAUUCAGAUGUAUUGCAGGGUUGGUACAACAGAUGAAUUUGGAGAAGGAUCAGGAAUUGACAAUGGCAAGGUUUCGUAUUGAAGAACUGGAAUCGCUGCUAGCUGUUAAACAGAGAGAGGUAUGCUCGCUGAACACAAGGAUAGCCGCAGCUGAAAGCAUGACCCACGAUGUCAUCCGGGAUUUACUUGGCGUGAAAAUGGAUAUGACCAACUACGCUAAUUUGGUUGACCACUAUCAGUUUGGAAGGGUAGUUGAGGAGGCUCAUCAACGCACAGAAGAGAUCCUCUCCAAGGAGCAAGAAAUUAUCAAAUUGAAGAAACAUAUUGCCGCCUUUGUUGAAGAAAGAGAGAGAUGCAUAUCAGAGUUGAAGGAAAAAGAAGCAGGUGUACUUGCCAAUCAGAUUACUUUAGAGCAACUACAGGAACAAGUUCAGUUGCUUUCUGCACAGAACGAUAUGUUGAAGAAGGACAAGACCAAUUUGCUGAGGAGGGUAGCUGAACUUGAUCAAAAAGUCAAAACGUUUGUUGAUGCACCAGGCAGUAGUAGCCAAUGUGUAACGCAAACACCAAGGGAUACAAGGUCGAUCAAACUGAUGGAUACAGAUUACUCAAAGCGACUGGAGCACGCUCAGAAGCUUCUCUCCCAUGCCAACAAUGAAUUGGCAAAGUAUUGCAAAACCGGUAACAGUCAACCACCGGUUUUACCAGCUCAAGGGCCGCGGAGGAGCUCUGGGACAAGUUUUAGAUGAAAAAAAAAAGUCUUUACAGGAAUGUUCUUGUAUUUUGCUUGGUAAGAUGAUGGCACUUUCAUCAAACUUGUGAAGAAAAGUAUUGAAGUCUCGACAUGAUGGAUGACAUCGAACUCUGUCUCUAGGACAUGAUUUGAUUUAUGGGUUCAAUUGGCCCUUGUGCAUAGAAAAAUACAGUGUACGUAUAUGUUUGUGUUUUUGUUAUGGCUUGUGAGAAUGGUUUUCUUCGUGUGUAUUUGCGUGCUACGAUGAUCUGUUAUGUCUUACUGUUCCAACAGGUUUUGCUUCA